GCUCUCGGUCUCUUCUUCCUGUCGGCGCUCGCCCUCGCCCAGCCCCAUGUCAUUGCGGGUGGCAGCAGUGACGGGCAGCAGGCCGUGGCGCGCUCGUCGCGCACCGUCAAGCCGCGGCUGCUGCUCAUCACCAUGUUCACGCUCGAGCGCAACGUCUGGCUGUCGCGCUGGCCCGGCCUGCUCGCCCACAACAUCACCAUCCCUGGCCUCUCGCCCCUGUUCCCGCAUGUCCACUGCGAGAGCUCGGGCCGCGUGUGCCUCAUCACGACGGGCGAGGGCCAGAUCAAUGCGGCAUCGACGAUGACGUCGCUCUUCUUCACCUCGUCGCACUACGGCCUCGACCUCCGCUCGUCCUACCUCUUUGUCACGGGCAUCGCCGGCGUCGAUCCGCGCCAUGCCACGCUAGGCUCGGCUGCCUUUGCGCGCUACGCCGUCCAGGUCGAGCAGCAGUACGCCCUGUCGCAGAACGAGGUGCCAGACAACUUCACCUCCGACGUCUGGUCCUACGGCACCACGCAGCCCGGCGAGUUCCCCACCGAGGUCUACGGCACCGAGGUGUACAGCCUCAACCAUCCGCUGGCCCACGCCGCCUACGCGCUGGCGUCGAAGCAGACGCUCAACGACUCGUCGACGGCCAAGGCCUACCGCGCCCAGUUCACGGCCGCCAACGACACCAAGCUUGGCGCAGAGGGCCCCAAGGCACUGCUGGGCGACGUGGCCACGUCGGACCUCUACUUCGCCGGCCGGCGGUACAGCGACGACUUUGCCCUCACGACGGCCACGCUCACCAACGGCUCGGCCACCAUGGUCAUGUCGGCGCAGGAGGACAAUGCGACGCUCGAGGCACUCCUGCGCGCCCACCGUGCCGGCCUGGCCGACUACGCCCGCGCCCUCGUCCUGCGCACCGCCAGCGACAUCCUCUUUGCGCCCCCUAACCUGUCCGAGUACGCGGGCUUCGAGGCCACCCAGGGCGGGCUCCAGCCCUCGCUCGACAACAUCUACAUUGCUGCCAAGCCGUUUGUCGACAGCCUGCUCGACGACGGCCAGUGGCGCGCCAAGUGGGCCAAGGGCAUCACCCCGCAGCGCCGCGGCCUGGGCGACAUCUACGGU